GAGAAAAUGAGAACAUUUUUUUUUUAAAAAAAAAAAAAGAAAAAAGAAAAGAAAACUAAUUGUCAAAUGUCAACCUUAGUCAAUAAAAGAAACUCAAAAGAGAAGAAAAUAGAUUUUUGGCCAAAAGGAGAUCAGUGCAUAAAAACAAUCGGGGUGAUUCAAAUUUUCGAAGACCUCCAUUUCUGAUCUCCCGGAUCUAUUUUAAAGCCCACAGAGUAAGGGGAAAACCAUAAACAUAAAAUCGGAGGAAAACGAUUUCGGAGACGGGAAUCGGAAUGGACAGCAGAUUGAUUCAGAUGUGUAUAGAAGCCGCCGCUGAAAGCAGCGACGCCGUGGAGGCAUGGCGGCGGCAGCGGCGGACGUUGGAGCGGAUGCCUUCUCUGCUCGCUGAAGCUCUCCUUCACCGCCUACUUCAUCGCGGCCUGCUUUUCCCGUCUUUACUCGAAGUCUUCAGACACAGUGUAGAGAAAAUGGAUCUGAGAGGUCAGAAUUGUGUGGACGCAGAAUGGAUGGCAUAUUUGGGCUCUUUCCAUUAUUUGAGUUCACUAAAUUUGGCAGAUUGUUAUAAAAUUAGUGGUGCAGCUUUGUGGUCUAUAAUAGGCAUAACAAAUCUAAAGGAGCUUGACCUUUCUAGAUGUUCUAAGAUGAAUGACGCGGGCAUUAGGCAUCUUUCAUCUUUCCCAAGUUUGGAGAGGUUAUGCAUUUCAGAAACAGGUGUUAGUUCGGAAGGGAUUAGGCUUCUUUCUUCAUUAACUAAUCUGUAUUACCUGGACUUGGGAGGUCUGGCAGUUAGUGACUUGGCUCUAAGUUCUUUACAGGUAGGAAAUUUGUGUGCUUGAAAUGUUAUGAAGAUCUUCAUUCUAUUUGACACUGUAUUUCCAUUCACUUUCAGCCUUCUCUUCUCCUUUUUUUUCUUUUUAAAAAAAUUAAACAUAAAAUAAAGAAAGAGCUAUGUUUUUGGGUAUUUUAAAAUUUGCCUUGGACACAACUAAAGUAAGAAAUGAACUUGUGAGUAUAAUUGGCAACCGAAACUUUGUUAAACAAAUUGAGAAGGUGUCCUCAAUACGUUUCGGUGGACAAGGUUGUUAAUGUUUGGCUGAGUGCAUAAUCUGUUUGUGUCAAUGUUUGGCUUGAUGGUGUAGAUCAUUUGGUAAUGUUGACUUUGAAAUGUGCCCUUUAAGUCCAAACUCAGCAUCAGUAUAUAAGUAACAAUCAUCCCAGCUGCUUUCUAGAAAGUGAUCAGAUCAUUGCUGUAUAGGUUCGUAUACAUUUGAACCAUUGUCUCUCAGAGAAGUUGUUGCUUCAGACUUGUUCUCUGGUUACAUUCUUAAAUAAGCUACAAGUUUUGACACUUUACGAGUGAAUAUAUGGCGAUUGGUAAUUUGUUUAUAUCUCCAUAGUGUGAUUAUUUGUUGCACUGUGAUUAUAUCUCCACAAUUGAUUGGUAAUUUUGUUUAUUGGAUUAUAUAUGCUGAUCAGUCAUUCAUCAUACUGUCAGGGGCUCAAGAAACUUCAGUUUUUGGAUCUAUGGGGCAGUGAAAUAUCAAAUAGUGGAGCUGCUCUCUUACAAUAUUUCCCAAAAUUGAGUUCUCUGAAUCUGGCAUGGACCAAAGUUACAAAAUUGCCAAAUUUAUCGUCUUUGGAAUUCCUAAACCUGAGCAAUUGCACUAUUACUUCUAUAUUUAAAGGGGAAGGUGACAAAGCUCGUCUAGCAAAACUAGUUGCUUCUAAUGCCACGUUUGCUGAUGUAUCAGGGGCACUUUCAAAUGUUGAAAUCGCUUUCCUGUCUCACUUGGAUCUAUCAAAUGCUUUAAUUGACUCAUUCUGCUUUUUGCCUCAUUUAACUUCAGUAACAUAUUUAGAUCUUGGUGGUAGUCCGAUGGCAGAUGAUUCAGUAGAAAAUAUUGUGUGCAUAGGAGCAAAAUUAACAUACUUGAGCCUAAACAACACAAAAGUUAGCUCUGAAGGUAUGGAAAUUUUAGCUGGCCAUCUUCCAAAUCUAGAAACUCUGUUGCUGUCUGGAACUUACAUUGAUGAUGCUGCUAUCUCUUAUAUCGGAAUGAUGCCUUCGCUAAAAGCCAUCAACUUGAGUGGUACCAAAAUUAAAGGAUUGAUCAUGCAAGAAGGUUCUGAUUCUUCUUGGGUCCCCACGUUUUCUGCACUCCAGAAUCUUAGCCAAUUAGAAAGACUGGAAUUGGAAGGGAUGCAACUCAAGGAUGCGGCGUUGUACCCUUUUUCCAUCUUAAAUAGUUUGACAUAUUUGUCGCUGCAAAGUGUCAUCCUGACGGAUGAAUCAUUACUCCUUUUGUCAGCUUCUCAGAAGUUGGAGCACCUUGCUAUACGUGAUGCGGUGCUGACAAAUGCAGGGCUUAAUUCUUUUACUCCACCACCAAAUUUGAGAGUAUUGGAUGUCAGGGGUGGUUGGCUUUUAACCGAAGAUGCUAUUGUGUUGUUUAGUCGUAAAUAUCCCAACAUUAAGUUGCGACAUGAGUUAGCAGUAUCAGACAGAGGUGGUGAUUUCCGGUAUUCGUCUCCAGCUGCUCAAAAGACAGUAUCAUUGAAGAAUGCACGCAAGUUUUCUGUAUCACCGCCUGUUUUUGAUAAGAGUGCAUUAUUAGCAAGAGAUCAACGGAUAAAGUACACAAGAGAGGAGCUACUUGAAUUGCAGUUUUCGGUAGCCCCAGCCCGUUUCUUUCCUAGAUAAAAGUGGUAAUCAUAGUACGUUCGUUGAGCAAAACUAAAGAAUGUACAAUGUGUAUGCCAUUAAAUGUUUUUCAAGAUUUCACCAUUAAUCUUGUUUGCGGAUGUAAUAUGAGAUAGUAACAAGUAUUUUGUAACUGAAAUUUUUAGGGAAUGUUAUGUAUGUUUCAGUUCAGUAGCUACAACUCUUUUUCUCAUAACAUAUGUGUUAUCGUCCAGUUUUCCUUUGAUAUCUUUGGC